CAAAAAUACCAUAAAAGAGGGAAGAGGGUCCAUUACACGCCAAAAAAAAAAUCUUGCAUUAAGAAAGGCGCGCUCUCACGCCGCUGCGCACAGAAUAACCAGCCACAAAAUAGUACGGUGCGGCAAAAGGCCUACUGAGCCAUUUUUUAAAUAGAGGCCAUAGGGUUGAGGAAUUUACACACUCUGCGCAUUUUAGUACUAGCUCUUGCAUUUUCGAUAACCAUAAAUGUGCUUUGCGAUUCCACAGGGCAGAGAGGUUUUGGGUAUUUCUUCUUUGGGUUUGCUGCUUUGUGGUUAAGCUUCUUUGAACCUUCAUUUUGUUCCGCUAGUUUCAAAGUCCUUUCUCUUGCUAGUAGUUGUAUACCCAUUUACGUCUGGCUUUCUUCUUCUCUGUAUCUUUGCUUUUCUGAGCAGAGAUUUUAUUUUCUAUCGCCAGAGCUUGUGAUCCGCAUUUGUAUUUUUUUAUAUCUUGCGUCCAGAGUUAUCUUGGUUGCACUCUACACGGCGUCUGGUGGUCUUCCUCUAGGUUCACAAAGAAUAGCUGACUAAUUGUUCCUAUUGGGAGAUAGAUACGUGAUGUUGCCUCACAAAGACUCUGAUGGAGAAUCUGAUGGAGAAUGAACUUGCAUAUUUCAGUGGGGUAUUAAAAAAGGAGUUGGUCGGACAAACAAAGAUGUCCAUUCCCAUGAUUCAUUUACAUACUAUGGCAUGGAAUACUUUCUUUGUGAUUGUGUUUAUUUUCGCAACGAUGAUGUUGAGACUUACAUUGGUAAGCUUGGGAAGAUCUUUGAGACUCCCAAACAUGAAAAGAAAGUAAAGGUGGUAUGGUUCUUUCGUCCUAGUGAAAUAUGUAAUUUUUUGGGAGAUUAUGAGCCAAGGUGGAAUGAGAUAUUUUUUGCUCUGGUGAGGGAAGCAAUUGUUGAAAAAUGCAAUGUUGUUUGUGCAUCAGAUGACAAGAGAAAUCCUCAAGCAACUGAACAAGAGUUGAGAAUGGCCGACUAUAUUUUCUAUCACAGCUUUGAUGUUGGAGAACAUAGAAUACUAAAGAACUUUGCAAAUCACAUAGAUGGAAUUAAAGUGGAACAUUUUUUCAAUGGAUUGAAAGAUCAAAAAAUCAUUGCUCCUCCCAUUCUCAAGCAAAAUGUGAAAGCGGAUGGUCUUACAGUAAGAGAUGGCAAGUCCAGCAGCAGUUGUCCUGUGGUUAAAGAAACUAAGAAGGUUGCAGCUGGUGUGGGUGAGCAAGAACACAUUUCAAAUGAUACUGGUACUAGUAAAAUUCCGUGCAGCCAAGUUAAUGACAAAGCUAAGAAAGUGAGGGCUUCUGCAGACUCUUCUACUGCUGAUGCAUCAAAUGCCCAACUUCAUAAGAAGAGAAAGUUACUUCAGGAGAAGGAAGGUGCUGUCUCUAGGAAAGUAGGUCCUCAAGUUGCACUAGAUCGUGGUGUCAAAACUGCAAGCAAGAUUUCUUCAAGACCAGAUGCUGAUAAAAGAAAUUGGUUCAAGAAACAAUCUUGGGUAGAAAAAUUGCAGACAGCUAAAGAGGCUGGCACCUUGGUUUUGCCUGAAAAUUUAGACCCAUCCUUUACUUCGUCAGAAAUAGAGGAUCUGGUUUGGCAUGCACUUAACCAAAGGGUCGAUGCAAAGGUGAUACGAAACAGUACUUUUUCGAGCCCAUACUAUGGUAAAGUUUUGGUUAUAUUCAAGUCAAAAGUUGCAGCUGAAUCUGCAAUAUCCAAAUUGCAAAAGAGAUGCCUAAAGUUGGGAGAUGGGAGACCUAUUGUUUGUAGGAGGGUUCUCUAAGGGAUCAUGGUAAUCAUGCCAAUUUCAUUGGCCAUGUGUCUGUUCUCAAAUUCAAGCUAAGGCAAUCUGAAGAAAUGGUAACAGAUAUCGCUAGCAGUUUGUUCUUACUUUCAUUAAGCUGCUGUUAACAUCUGGAUGUUCCAUAAGUGCUAUUAAAAAAAACUAUUGUUGAUGUCUUUCUUAACCUUUUUUUUUUCUCUUUACCAAGCGAAAAGCAGUGUCAACUGCACACUUCUCCCAGCCCAAUACUGUUGAAUAUGAUAUGGCAAUGGAGUGGCGCAUGCUACAGGAGAAGUGUGAUAUGUGUUGGAAGAAAUUGCACAUGUGGCAAGAAGAGGAAAUAAGAGAUGUCCAGAAGCAGCUAAAAAAUGCAGUAUCAUAACUAGUGAAGUUACUGAAACAUCUCAUGUUUUGAACAAAAACAUUCCAUCCUUUUUUGCCCUGAAGUGUGCACUUUUGUUUGUGAAAUGUGGAGGGGCAUGCAAGGGGAGUUUCAUGUUUUUGAAAACUUUAAAAUGAUGUCACUUACAAGGAGAAAGUGUAAAUAGUAGGAACCUCAGAAGGACAAAUUAAUUUUAAUGUAAAUCGUUUCGACGGUAUCGUUCCUGCGUGUUGGGUACAUUCUUGCUCCACAGUUAGAAUAGAAUUUCACAUCUUGCUUUAUGGUGAACGUUCUUACUCAAAUUAUAUAAAUUGCAGCCUUUUCUGGUCAUUUUCUUACUAGCCAAUCCAUUUUUUCUCGUAUGCCUGGUAUAUAUGGGAAGAGUGUUUAUGUUGCUUUGCAUCAAAGAUCACGUGUGUAUGAAAUAUGAUAAUGGAUGUAACUUGAUCAUUCGUAGGAUCCUUAAGUUUCAGUUACUUUUUAUUUAUUUAUUUAUUUUAUGUAAUUAACUUCGAUUUUUUCCAAAAAAAUAAUUGGAGACUUUUUAAU